GCGAUGGGGCGGAGUCAAGGGGGUGGGAGGGGGGGUUCCGUCUUUUGGGGCGCGCCCGCGAGCCCCCCAGCACCCCGCCGCGUCUGGGCGCGUCCGUGGGGAGGCCUGCGGGCGCCUGGGCUGCGGGGUCCCGGUGUGGGGGGGCGGCAGGUGCGCGCGCCCUUGUGUGUGGGGGGAGCCUGCAGGUGCGCGUAUCCGGGGUGCGGUCCCCCCAGUCUGGUGGAGGGAGGAACUGAAACACCCCCGCUGCGGGGUCCCCGCGGCAGGAAGCCGGGUGCAGGAGCCCCCCCACACCUUGGGCAGGCAGCAGGACGGGGGCGUCUCCGUGGCCCCCAGCCCCACCCCUCCCGGCCGCACCCCGACGCCCCCAUGACCUUGAAUCACAUUCUCUGCUUCCGGGCCCUGCCCGCCCCCACCCCACCCCCCCGCCCACCUCCCGGAAAGAGGCAUCCAGGACCCCCACCCCACCCCACUGCCUGCCUCAGUUUCCCUGGGGUCCCCGCUUCCGCUUGGCUCCUUACGCCCAAGGAGAAAGGACCCCCCAAGACCCCACAGUGUUCUCUGACCCCCUCAGGUGAGCCCUCGCCGCCUUGGUGGGCAGGCAGGAUGCCCACGAGGCGCUGGGCCCCCGGCACCCAGUGUGUCACCAAGUGCGAGCACACACGCCCUAAGCCCGGGCAGCUGGCUUUCCACAAGGGCGACGUGGUCACCAUCCUGGAGGCCUGCGAGAGCAAGAGCUGGUACCGCGCCAAGCACCAUGCCAGCGGGCAGGAGGGGCUGCUGGCGGCCGGAGCCUUGCGGGAGCGAGAGGCCUUGAGCGCUGACCCCAGGCUCAGCCUCAUGCCGUGGUUCCAUGGAAAGAUCUCGGGCCCUGAGGCAGUGCAGCAGCUGCAGCCCCCCGAGGAUGGGUUGUUCCUGGUGCGGGAGUCCGCCCGACACCCCGGCGACUACGUGCUGUGCGUCAGCUUCGGCCGCGACGUCGUCCACUACCGCGUGCACCACCGUGCCGGUUGCCUGACCAUCGACGAGGACGCCUGCUUCUGCAACCUCAUGGAUAUGGUGGAGCAUUACACCAGGGACCAGGGUGCUAUCUGCACCAAGCUGGUGAAGCCCAGGAGGAAGCAGGGCACGAGGUCGGCCGAGGAGGAGCUGGCUAAGGCCGGCUGGCUACUGAACCUCCAACAUCUGACCCUGGGGGCACUGAUCGGAGAGGGCGAGUUCGGAGCCGUCCUGCAGGGCGAGUACCUGGGACAGAAGGUGGCGGUAAAGAACAUCAAGUGCGACGUGACGGCCCAGGCCUUCCUGGACGAGACGGCCGUGAUGACGAAGAUGCAGCACAAGAACCUGGUGCGGCUCCUGGGGGUGAUCCUGCAUCAGGGGCUCUACAUCGUCAUGGAGCACGUGAGCAAGGGCAACCUGGUGAACUUCCUGCGGACGCGGGGCCGCGCCCUCGUGAGCACGGCGCAGCUGGUGCAGUUCUCCUUGCAUGUGGCUGAGGGCAUGGAGUACCUGGAGGCCAAGAAGCUGGUGCACCGCGACCUGGCGGCACGCAACAUCCUGGUGUCCGAGGACCUGGUGGCCAAGGUCAGCGACUUUGGCCUGGCCAAGGCAGAGCGCCAGGGGCUGGAUGCCAGCCGGCUGCCCGUCAAGUGGACGGCGCCCGAGGCGCUCAAACACGGGAAAUUCUCCAGCAAGUCAGAUGUUUGGAGUUUUGGGGUGCUGCUAUGGGAGGUCUUCUCUUAUGGCCGCGCUCCAUACCCCAAGAUGUCGCUGAAGGAGGUGUCGGAAGCCGUGGAAAAGGGGUACCGCAUGGAGCCCCCCGAGGGCUGCCCGGCCACCGUGCACGUGCUCAUGGGGGGCUGCUGGGACGCGGAGCCUGCGCGUCGCCCCCCCUUUCACAAGCUAGUGGAGAAGCUGGGCCGUGAGCUGCGCGGCAUGGGGACCCCAGUCGCCCCGGACCCCAACAGCGACUCUGCCGCACCCCCCGGCCUGGAGUCCUGACCUGGAAAUUGGGGGCGCAGGACAGGACACUGGCGAGGGGGAGCCCCAAGGCCGAGCGGUGUCAGAUAAAGUCGGGUUCCAGGGCUGCAUGUCCUGGAGUCUGUCUGUCCCCAUCCGCUGGCACCGACGGACAGCCUCUCUUGCCUGCCCUGGGAGGGGAUGGGCUGCCACUCCACAGCUCUGGGGGACCCCCAAAGGCCUCGGCACCCUCGGAGACCACCCCCUCCAGGCCCCUGGGGUGUGGGGUCCCGAGUAAAGUGGGGGAUGUCUCUGUGACCCGGUCUUUUCCUGCUGGAGGGUGGGGACCUCGGAGGGGGGCUCCUGAGCCCAGCCCGCCCCAGAACCCCCAAGCUCAUGCUGUCCCCCAGCCAGCAGCCCCCUCAGUCUUCAGUUUCCCCAUGUCCUCUCAACUUUGCUGCCAGCCCCUCCCCCAAUGACUUCUGGGGCUCCCCUGGGCCCUCUCGUCCCUCCCAGUCCGGGCCAAGGGGCCUGUCCCUCUGCGCCUCAGACCAGCCACACUCCGUGUGAGGGGGCCCGUGAGUCACCUGGAGCGGAUUCUCCCCAGUGGACUUGACACUGGGGUUGGGGUGCAACCCACAAGGAGACCAGGACUUCGGGGACAGAAAGUGGCUCCCGUGUGCCCCUCAGCGGGUGAGGGGCCGUGCCGGUGAGGAGGCCCUGGGAAGAAAAGGGCCUCCACCCACGGGAGCCGGCCUUCAAGGCCUUCCAGUGCUGGGUGUGUGCACCUGCCUGAGGGGGUGUGCAGGUGAGGCCACUGGCCUGGCCUGCCGAGUGACAGGAGAAACCCAGAAGGGCAUCCAGGAGGAGGGGGUGUGGGGCAUUUAGCUGGGGUGGUGCCAGAUGGGCCAGGAGCAGCUGGAGGCGGGUUCAGGGCCAUGUCCCCCCCCAGGCUCCGGGCUGCCUCAAGAGGACUGGCUGGGCCUGGCACCCCCCAGAGUCCACCUCCUGGGCCUCCUGUACCCCUAGUGAUGGAUCUGGCUUCUCUGCUGCUUGGAGGAGGCAGCUCCAGGAAGCCAGCCAGCCCAGCACUCAGGUCGGCGAGACCCCUCCCACAAAGCCCAAGGACCUGGGUUCAAAACCCUGCUGCUCAACCACAGGGCGGGGACCACUGAUCAGUGAAGCAGGGCUGCAGGGGUCUCCGUCUCCCUCUCAGUAUCUAUCUUAUCAAAUAAAAUCUUAAAUAAG